AUGUCGAUACCACAGGAAGCAUUAAAGAAGAUGCUUUUCGAGAUGCAGACCCAGGUUCAGCAGACACGGGCCGAGCUCACAGCAUGCGAAUCGCAGAUAAAUAGGAACAGAACCAACAUUAAGGUGGCAGACUUGACAAUUGCCGAGCUGGAGGGAACAGAAGAGGUCUGGGAGGGUGUUGGAAGGGCUUUUUUUCAGACCUCUGCGAAGACUUACUCCAAUUCUUUGAAUGAAGAUAAAAGAGUGCUGGCCACUCAGACGGUUGCGUUGGAGAAGAAGAAGCAUUAUUAUGAGACUACUUUGGAGAAGACCAUUGAUGCUGUUAACAAGAUUAUUGGGCAGUGA